AAGAAUUGAGAAGCAAAGGGCUGGAACCGUAUGCAUAUAAGUGGGACAUGACUCACUCUGCUAAUCAGUUGCAAGAGACUUAUAAAAAUUUAGAAAAUGGCGAAGAAAUGAAUGGUGAGCAAGACAAUGUAUCAAUAGCUGGAAGAAUUGUGGCUCGUCGAGCAUUUGGAAAGCUUGCAUUUGUCACUCUAAGAGAUGAUUCUGGGACAAUUCAGCUUUAUUGUGAAAAGGCCAGAUUUUUAAGUGAUCAGUUUGACGAGCUUAAGAAUCUUGUUGAUAUUGGUGACAUACUUGGUGCAAGUGGCUCAAUUAAGCGAAUUGAGAAAGGCAAGUACUAAAAAAAUUUAUCUUUUGCACCUAUUUGCGAUUAGGUGCUGAUUGUUGAAUUUAUAGGUACUUCUGGGUGAAGCUAUUCUUACCCUAUUUGUAUUGGAAGCUAUUUAGAUAAACCAAUGCCAUUUAUAAAAAACGCCAUUG